AAAAAUGUCUUUCUUUUCAGGAUGCACUUUGAGAAAAAGUUGAUAAAGAAAGCAUUUGAAAGUCUAGAAGACUUAUGGUGGAACAGUAGAAAGGGUUGGAAACUUAACAUCAGAGCUGAAUAUCAUGAUAGGUAUAGAUUGUGGAAAAUUCAUUUUAAAACAUGGAAAAUGUAUCUUCUGAAUCAAAAGGAGAAGAAAGUUAAAGUAGCGCUAGCCAAGAAAUUUGAUGAAAUGAACAGUCAAAGACGAUGUUUUAAGGCUGUCAAGAGCUACUGUCUUUACAGAAAAAGCAUCAAAAAGGAACAACAGAAAGCAGAUCAUUUUCAUAAUCAUGCUGUCACAAGGCUUGCUUUUACACAAUGGUUUGCAAGGCUUCAGCUGGCAAGGCAGAACAUGGCCAUGGAGAUGCAAGCAUUGUCCUUUUGGGCUUACAGAUUAAAAUUUAAGAUAUUUGAAGAAUGGAAAAUCCGCAAGCUAGAAAAAGUGUCAGAGAACGAGAAACUGGCUAUAGCUAGCAGACACAACAGCAACAAAAUAAAUAAAAGAAGCUUUGAUGCUUUGAAGUCUUAUGUAUCUUAUAGGAGGCAAAAGAAUUCUAUUAAAGGAUUCGCAACUAGGAAAUAUGAACAAAGUUUAAAAAGGUCAACAAUGAAAAAGUGGUAUUUUCAACUACAACGUCAAAUCGAAAUCAAAGAACUUGAAGACCGGAUCCAUUACACAUCAACAAAAUUCGUUAAAAGGGCCUAUUUUAUUCGUUGGAAGACUUAUUUGUUUGACGUUCAAAUAUUGGGUAUCAAAACUGACUCUGCCAUCAAUCACUACGAUCGUCAAGUGAAGGCUAAAUAUUUCAAAUGUCUUCAAAAAGCAGCCUUGCAGCGCAAACUGAAAGCUGAGGGAUCUCUAAAGGCUUUGACUUUCAGGAAAAGCAGACUGAUAUCCAAAAGCUUGAGUCGCUGGUUGAUGCGUUGUGAACAUUCUGAAGAACUAAAAUUGUAUCCUCUAACAAAGAUUGGUCGUAUGUUUCACAGAAAAAAACUGUUGAAGAAAUAUUUCAGUCAAUGGUUAGAUUAUAAUCUGUGGAGAAGGCGGCGAAAAAUAAUGUUGAACCAAGCUGAUCGGCAUUUCGAAGUGAAGUGUUUGCCGAAAUAUUUUGCUAAGCUUUAUGAAUACAAGGAAAUCAGGAAAGUUAAAGAAGAGAGAAAAGCAACAGCUAAUGAUUUCAACAGGGAACUGAUGCAUGCGAAGUAUUUCUACACGUGGUUGAAACAAAGUCGGCAUGCACAGGAGCUACGUUUGCUUGAAAGAAUGGCAAUUCUGCAUCAUGAAGACAUACUUAAAAGAAAAACACUUGUAAAAUGGCGGCAAGACACCGAGGCAGAAUUAAUUUGUCAAGAAAAGGAGGAUUCUGCGGAUGCUUAUUUCGAAAGAGUUGUAAAAACGAAGUACUUUGAAAAAAUCAAAAUGAAUGCUUGUGAAGAAAAGAAAAGACGACAUCAAGAAGCUUUAGCUUCACAUCACAAUCAAAACAAGAUACUUCUCUGUUCUUUCAAGUCCUGGAAAUCGUUCACAUCAAUAAACAGAAUAAAGACAGGCAAGCAAAGAUUGGCGAAUUCCCAUCACAGGCGAACCCUACUUUCAAAGAUGAUGUUUCAUAUGAAGGUUUACAUCGAGCAAAGACGAAAUAUAAACAAAGAAGUUGAGCGUCGACAUCGCACGCAGAACCGAAUUCUACUAAGCUGGACAUUCAACCGAUGGCAUAAAAACGUUGCUGAAUGCACGGAAGAGAAAAUGAAGACAGAACUGGCAGAUGAUUUUGCUUCUUCCCGGGCAAAGAAAAAGGUUUUUGCAGCUUGGAGAGAAUUCGUCGUUCAUGAGACAUACAAGCGAUGGGUGGAAAACUGCCGAGUGCAAGAGAUCAAAAACAUCCUCGACAUGAAUGUUAAGCGACGUGCACUGAAGGCCAUGUUUAAACACACAAAGCACUCUAAAAGAAUACAGCUGUUGAACAACACUGCCCGCAAAUUUAAUGAACAGAAGCUGAAGCAGAAAUGCCUGAAGGCCUUACAACAAAAUGCUUCUUUGGAAUUCAAAAAGAUGCUGCUCAGAAGGCAGAGUGAAACGUUUUACAUAAGGAAUAGUUUGACGUCAUUUUUCCGGUGCUGGAAACACCAGUAUAAAGUUGCCGUUCAGGAAAGAAACAGGACCAACGUUGUGUUGUGGUGGUGGAGUGUAAAACUGCAGAAUAAGAUAAUGAGCGCAUGGAAAGAAUUCGUGGAGGAAAGAAAGAAGAAGAAAAUAAAGGAAAUAGAAGCACUGAGACUAAGAAGAGAAAACUUUAUGGAAAAUUGUCUUCAACGAUGGAUUUCGUAUUCAGUUGGAAUGAUGGCCUUUCGAAGCAAAAUCUCCAAUGCCCGUGGAAUCGAGGGCGCCAUAAAGUUGCAAGAACGCGUGAGAAGGUAUGCCAUGAUGUGGUACAAAAAAGCCAACUCGCACGAACGCAGCAAGACGAAAAGGAGUGAAGCCAUCAAUGUUCCAGAUCACCAUGAAAUUCUAGAAAGUCCUUCGGUCUUUGAAAGGAAAAACAUGAUCCUGACUCUGCCAGUGUUAACGAAGGAAAUGAGGCCGUUGCCUCGAAAACCGGAUUACUUACGUGAUUCGUUCGACCUUGGUCAGUUCCUGGACUCAUCUGGUAACGGGGAACCAGUUGAAGCGUUGAGUAAAUUCACGGAUGAAAGCAAUCCACGACAGCCACCGCCACAGCCAGCCUCACCAAAUGUACCAUGCCUGCAGAGGAAAGGAGAUUCAAUUUUGCUUGCAAUAUCUUCAGAGGAAGAUAGCCAAAGAAAGAGAGGAAGCAAGAUCAAAAAGCCAGCACAUGCAUCACAGGGUUGUAGCAUUACUCAGGCAUUACUGCCGCCUUCCUCGUUCAAGAAAACCCUUGAUGAUAACAGGACAGGUAUUCAAUAUCGUAACCCAAAACGAGGAGCUGUUGUAUCCGAUGGCAUUCACACUAAUGAACUGUCGGAAACAGAAGAAAGAAUUCUCGAUACUGGACAGCAAUACCAAGGCUCGUCAACAGAAGAGAGCUCAUCAGAAAGUGGAGACAGUGGUCAAGAAGAGUCAUCAAAAUGUCCAGAGAAUGAGGAAAUCUACAAAGAAGUUACGAGGAUGAGAGAUAUCUUACGAGACUAUCAGAAACAGCAGAAGCGACUGCGUGAACUAGAAGAGCGCCAAAGCCACAUAUUACAAUGGAUAAAUUUGGAAAUAGAAUUACAUAAGGAUGGCACAUUCGAAGGUGAUGAUGACUUUCUACAAGCAACUCAAUUAAAUGUUGAGAUCCUAUCUGAUAUCCAGAAAGUAACUGAACACAUAUCUGAAAGAAAACCAAUGGUGAAGAAACUAGCUAAAGACAUUCAAGUACUUUUGCAGAAGUUAAAUGUGUAGAUCUAAAAAGAAUUUUUUAAUUUUCAAUUGAAAUCAUGUUAUGUACAUAGAGUUCAGCUUAAGAAUUGAAACAUGAAUUUUCCAAGCAUUUAUUUUUAAUGUAUUUCCUUUUAUAAAUUCUACAUAGAAAAAGGCAUUAUAAGUUAGGAAGAUCAUCUUAAACAGUCAUGUUGUUGCAAUGAUAUAAUGAAAACUCAUUGAUGAUUAUCACAAUUGAUAUCAUUUAACAGAACACUUCCAAAAUCUAAAUAUGUGGCAAUAUUGUGUUAUAAAUCAUAACUUGCACUGAAACUUGCUUUCUUGGGAGUAUAAUAAAAAGGGGUAUGUAAUGAGCAUAAUAUAAAGGGUGUCUACAAAGCAAAAAAAUUUCCCUUUCCUGAAAAGGAUCCGGUCCUGAGUAGUUUCCCCCCCCCCCCAUUUUUGAUGUGAUCAAUUGGUUAAGCUAUGUGAUUUAUUUAGAAAUGCACACAGCACACCCCACCCCCGUCUCUCAAAGGGAUAAUUUUUUUCACUAUAUCUGUGUCACUGUGUUAAGUUCAAACUGACCAGAAUCAGGUCAAAUUAAUUCAGCAUUUGCUUGCCUGGGUUCACAUCAUUCAGCAAUCUUUUAAAACUAUAAGAUUCGGACUAGGUGUUUUGUUGAAAUCAAACCAAAGAAAUUGAUAAAUGGAACUAAGAAAGAAUAUGCUUGCAAUAAUAUUAUUCUUAGGUCGUGUAGAUGAAUUGCACUUCCCACCUUUGCACAAUGACAUGCUAAAAAUUUAUUUCAAUGAACUGCAUACAAUGUAAGAUGGUUGACAUGUAUUGAUGCAUAUAUAAAAGCUAGUUUUCUACAAAGUUCAUGCACUUCAGGACAUUUUCAUGAAUCCAGAAUUUCUCUGUUUUCCUCAUGAAAAGGAGACAUAACAAGAGUUGGAGCAUAGUUCUUCAGAUACUGAUCGAGGUCAUGAUGUUUUAGGAAUGAUAAGAACACACACCACAUAAGCUGGAUGCUGUUAUCAUAAAUAAACCUGAAUCUUAGUGGAAUCAGCUUAAAGUUAAUAAACAUCAGUGGAGGAAAGAUUAUCCAGUCUGCCAGGUAGGUAAAUAGAAAUUUCUUUUUUACUUCUGUUAUCACGUCUUUGAGGCUUUGUCCUUCUAGCAAUCCAACAGAGAAGUAAAACUGCAUGUACUCAAAAGGAGUAAACACCAAUUGAUACAGCAGUAGCUGCUUAAGUAUUUUGUAUUUGCCAGCGAUUCUUCCACUCCAUAAAUACCAGUAUGUUCCAGUGAAGCCGGACAAAAAUCCAGCACAGCCCAUGCUGAAAAUACGGCGUAGAUUAAGUGUAUCCCUCUGUUCAAUAAAUUUCUGCUCUAUCACCUCUGCACACGUGCAACAACCAAUGGAAACACCGACAUUUAUUGGCAACAGAUAUUUACGUAAAAGUACCUUUCCUAAAUUAUUUGCAAGUUUAGUCAGAUCCUCCAAUGUUUUGAUUUUAACAUUUGCACUCAUAGUUGAUGAAAAGCUAGUUUUAUCAAAACAAGCUCUUGCGCAUUCACCAUGGGCAUGAAAAGCACUUGGAUUGGACUGCUACACCGUUCCAGAUUUGAAUUCGAUUUAGGCCAAACUGGCUUACUUAUAACACACUGUCCUUCUCUCCAUUAUUGCAUUCAUUUAACAUCCAACUGCAGAACACCUGAUCAGUGCUGAUAACUGAAUCAGGCGAACUGGCGCAGACCAAAGCAUUUGUGUUGUAAGAUGAAUGCCGAGACGCUGAAACGAGGCCACUGAUCCCAAAUGUCUGGUCCAAACUUCUCCUACCCUGGGUACCAGACUCACUGUAUAUAAAAUAAAAUAAGAACUAAUAUUUUCUAUAGAGUGGGUCUGGUACCCAGGGUAUAAUCCUCCGAGAUCCGACAGUAAUUU